UGUGGGCGUGAGGGACGCGAUAUCCCCCCUAGGCGGACAAAUGGACUGGAAUCAGGAAUUUGAAGGCAGGAUAUCAGCGCCUAACCCUCAAACACUGAACUUUUCCCGUCUUCCAUCCUGAAUGAAGGAUGAGCAAAUGCACGUCAGACAGCGAGCGAUUCCAGUCGGCUGGGUCACGUGGCUGAAUCUCGGCCGCUAACACGCGCUCUCCCUCUCCUCGGAGAUUUUUUGAGAGCAGAGGUUUUUUAACCGGCACUGGGAAGAAACGUUCAAGUGUCGCCCCGUUUAGGGCAGAUAACGCGCUCCGCACAGCGCAGAGCAGGACUGCGGGUUUAAAAGGCGAACUCGACCGAUUUCCCGACGCCGGAAAGUGAAAGAUUUUUCACUAGACUACAAGACGGAGACGCCGAACUGCUGCUGGGCUUCGUCUCUCAGCAGGAACAGUUUUGGGGUGUCGUUGACGUUGGCGAAGCUGAGGAAAACACAUUUUUCACAAAGUGGACUCCACACGCCGGGCAGGGUCCCCACACGCUGCAAACUGCCCUCAAGGAAAAAGCAAGGCAACCACUUCGACUUCUGUGGGAUUUCUGCUGUUUUAUCCGCCCAGAUUGAAGCGACCGGGGAGUUUUCUCUGACAGAACCGCCGCGGCGGUCGUCAACGUGUUUCUCCGCGCUGCCGGAUCUCCUGCUACUUCGGUUUGGACAACUUUACCCGGACUAAACUGAGCACCGAAGGCGAAACACGUCGGGGAAGGCGGUCCGGCUGCUCGGCGAACCCUUUUGGACCCGUGUUCUGUCGUUUUGUUUCCUUAACCGGGCGGUACCGCUCGGCUGGGCUGUGUGGGCUGAUUUGCGAGCCGGACUGGUGAGCUGGGCUAGCCUGCUAGCUCUCAUUUACCUCAGGGCUGCUGCGCGGGAAAAACCGCGUCGCGCGACCCGAGCACGUCCACUGUUUAUGCGCCGCCGUUUUCCUCUCGACCCCCUGUUUUCUUCUUCCAGCCUCGCCUGGUUCUGCACUCCGCAGCCUGUGUGCCGGCUGGAGACGGGCUUAUCCCGCGAUGUGAGGAUUAUGUGAAGCGGGCACAUGGUUAAGAGACGCGUGGGAAUCGAGAGCUCCUCGGCGCCUGUAACUUUUCUCCCCCGCAGGCGCGCUCACUCGUCCGCUCACUCGUCCGCUCACUCGUCCUCUAUCUCUCUCUGCCUCUCCGGCCGUGGGAAGAGAUUUGGCUAACGGCCUUUCUGUCCUCUUCGCCUCUUUAUCCGGGUUUGCCAUAUUCCGUAAUGGACGUGAAAGUUCCCCCCACGUCCAGCACGUCCAGGUGAUUUUCUUUCCUCCACUCUCGGCUGGAAUCCACCGCGGGACUGGAGACGAGUCGCUGCUGCCGGCCGGUCGCAGGAUAAACAUUUCUGGAGCUGAUCAGUUUUAGUUGUUUGGAUAAACGGGAUUUACUGGGGGAACUACGAUGUCAUUUGUACGGUCUUGCUUGGGAACUCUGCUGCUGUGUGCAUUCAUUUCUGAUGUUGCAGGUAAAGUUUCCCCCACCAGCUCUGAUGCCCUCCUCAGUGCCCCCGCUGCUAGCGCCACCUCCAGCCCUCCAGACAUGUACCUCCCUGCCAGCUUCAAGCUUUCCAACACCCAACUGGCCUUCUUCCUCCAAGAGAGCCGAGUCCCAGCCCGGGGUGGCUCUGGAGGCCACCCACUGCAACGCUCCGAGAGCUUUGUCGUCUUUCAGACCAAGGAGUUACCCUCGGUCAACAUCUCCCUGGGUCCUUUCACGCAGGACCAAACGCUCUCCAAAGACCUUCUGCAGCCGUCAAGUCCCUUAGAUAUCCCAGGAAGGCUGACCGUCAACUGGAAGGUUCGGGCCUUCAUCGUCCAGUCCAAAGUCUUUGCAAGCAACCCGGUGGUCCAAGUGCUGUUUUACAUUGCAGGUCGGGAUUGGGAUGACUUCAAGGUCCAGGACAAGCUGCCUUGCGUGAGGCUGCAUGCCUUCCGGGAUGUUCGGGAAAUCAAGACUUCUUGCAGGCUCCAGGGCAAUCUGGCUCAGUGCUUAGCCCAGCUGGACCUUCCGCCCACCUGGUUUAACGUCAACGUUGCACCCUUGGGCCGCAGGAAAUCCUCAGUCUCAGAUGGUCUGGAGAUGACCGGGGAGACCCUCCAAGUGGAGCUCUACUACACUCUCCAUGAUCCGGACAGCAAAGGGGAAUGCGGGGAGAGUUACAGUAGGCGAGGAGGAGGGUCAAGGGGAGAGAGCUCAUCCCAGCAACCCCUACUUCGGAUUGGGAGCAUCAGCCUGUACCAACCGAGUCAAGAGCAGCUGGUGGUGGACAAGCAACUGGACAAGAACCUCUUCUUGCGGCUGCCUGAGAAGCCGCUGAAGCCUGGCGAAAUUCUGAGCAUCUUUCUGUACUUGGUGCCAAACUCAACAGUGGAACAAUUCACACUCAAGGUGAAAGCCAAGAAGGGGGUGAAUCUGCUCAACACAAAGUCAAAGAGCAACCAGUGGAAAGUAGAGUGGGAGGUGCAGUCGGGCGCCAAGCACUCUAUCGCCACAGUGGAAGUCAGCAAGAUCAAAGGGGUCCCUGGGGAUGUGGCCGCCAACAUUGAAGUCAUGCAGCUGGAUUUUGAGAUGGAGAACUUUACCAGUCAAUCAGUGACUAGAAGAAUCAACUGGAACAUUGAUUAUCGGGGCCAAAACCCACCCCCAGACUCAGACAAGGUGGUGACAGAGUUGACGGUGGUUCAGAAGGAUAUUCAGGCUAUCAUACCCCUGUCUAUGGACACUGAGAUCAUCAAUACAGCCAUUCUGACUGGACGAACCGUCGCCAUCCCAGUCAAGGUUGUUUCCAUAGAGAUGAGUGGCACAGUCACCGACAUUUCCUCCUCUGUGGAGUGCAAGUCGUCCAAUGAGGACAUUGUCAAGGUGUCCAUGAGCUGUGACUAUGUCUUCGUAAAUGGUAAGGAAACGAGAGGCUCCAUGAAUGCUCGUGUGAUUUUCAGCUAUGAGCACCUGAGCGCCCCGCUAGAGCUGACCGUUUGGGUGCCCAAACUGCCCCUCCGUCUGGAGCUCUCAGAUAAUCGGCUGGCCUUCAUUAAGGGCUGGAGGGUCCCCAUCCUGCCAGACCGCAGGUCAGCCCGUGACAGUGACGAUGAUGAUGACGAUGACAGGAAGGUGAGCCGGGGCUGCACACUGCAGUACCAGCGGGCCCAAAUUAAAGUCUUGACUCAGUUCCACACCACCUCCACUGAGGGCACCAACCAGGUUAUCACCAUGCUGGGGCCUGACUGGCAGGUAGAUGUCACUGACCUGGUCCAGGAUUCACUGAAGGUACAGGACCCCCGCGUGGCUGAACUAGUGGACCAUACCGUGCUGGUGGCUCUGGAACAGGGCUCCACAAUCCUGAAGGUUGAAUCCCCGCUAGCAGUAGAGGCCCUGUUGGGUGAGGCGGCGUUCUCCGUGGUGGAUGAGAAAGUGUCCAUAGUUGAUCUGCGUGUCCAUGCCAUCUCUGGACUGACGCUGAGUCUACAGCCCAGCCCUGGCAACAGCCACACUAUGGUUGCCAAAGCAACUGGCUUACAGACGCUCUCCACUCUCAAGCAGGAGUCCACCCUCUCCAUCUGGGUCUAUUUCAGCGACAACACGGCUGCCCCACUCGGCAUAUAUGACCCCAAGGACUACAACCUUAAUGCCUCCACACUGGAUGAUAAGGUGGUCUCCGUUUCCCAGGAGCCUCAGCAGAGGUGGCCAGUCAUCAUUGCAGAGGGAGAGGGAUCUGGGGAGAUUGUGCGUGUGGAGAUGACCAUAUGCGAAGCCUGCCAGAAGACAAAACGCAAGAGCGUGAUUGCGUUCGCUCCAGUUCAUGUCAAGGUUCGCUUCGGUCCUGAGGAAGAUUCUGAGGAAGCUGAAGAACUAGAGACUGAGGUGGAGACUAAAGUACCAGUCAGUACAAGGAGAACCAUAAUUGAUCCCAGUAUCGGUGCUGGCUACGAACCAUCCAAUGAGCAGCCUGCCAGUGUCCCAAUUGACUACACCAACUUCCCCACCAUCAGCAACCAGGAGCGACCAACAGAGGAAGAAGAGGAGGAAGACGAUGAGUUUGUACAUUCACCUCGUAGUAUGACUGACCUGGAGAUUGGCAUGUAUGCCCUUUUGGGUGUCUUCUGUCUUGCAAUUCUGGUCUUUCUAAUCAACUGCAUUGUGUUCGUCCUUAAGUACCGGCACAAGCGUAUCCCACCAGAAGGCCAGGCCAACAUGGACCACUCACACCACUGGGUGUUCCUGGGUAACGGGCAACCUUUGCGAGCUCAGAGUGACCUUUCCCCGCAGACGGUGGAGAGUCCAAGCAACCCCUUGGAAGGGGUACAGACUUGCUGCCAUGGAGACCACCACAGCAGCGGAAGCUCUCAGACCAGCGUCCAGAGCCAGGUCCAUGGCCGAGGAGACGGCAGUUCUGGUGGCUCGACCAAGGAGCCUGGAGAAGAGGCUAGUUCGCCCACGUCUAAGCGCAAGCGUGUCAAGUUCACCACCUUCACUACACUGCCCACAGAGGAGCUGCCCUACAACUCCAUCCCCAUAGCCGAUGAGGAGGACAUUCAGUGGGUAUGUCAGGACAUGGGCUUCCAAGACCCAGAGGAACUGCAUGAUUACAUGCGCAGGAUAAAAGAAAUCGCCUAAUUUGGCAUCUAGGAGCUUUCUAAAACAAAUCGCCUAAUUUGGCAUCUAGGAGCUUUCUAAAAGACCUUCCUUUCUAAUCUUCUCUUUUUUUUUCUCCCCUCACUCUAGUGGAGUUAUCUUUUCACACGAAUGAAGGAGUGACCGAGGUCUACUGUCCUGUUUCUUUGGGGGUCGUAUUGCACAGUGCCAUUUUCCUUCUAAACGUGUCGGAACAGCAGCGAAAGAUAACCGGCAAAAAAAAAAAUAAAAUAAAAAAGAACAAAAACAGAAACAAUAGGUGGAAAGCCAAAUUCAAGACUAGAGGAUCUUUUAAUCGCUAGCACAAAUGGCUUUAGUGUUUGUGUCAUCCUUUCUCAGGCGAAGAGGGCAUCUCUAACGGAAACCCAGUGUUUUGAGUUCUCAGCAAACAGUGUCGCGAUGGAUUCCUAAAGCGCUUCAUCACUCCUAUCGGGAGGAGGUGUGGGUUACCCUGCUGUGGACAGGAUCUUUCUCAGAAGAACUCCACGAGUCUUGGCACUGUGUCCGUAGUUCUUUUUCUUUUCUCUCUCUCUCUUUCGAACAUCCGAGUAUUCUUCUCCAACAAAGAGGCCUUUGUAGUGCAGAUUUUAAUUUUACUCAGAGAAAAAAAGUGUUUGAGAGGCGUCACUCUCUUGCCGCUGCUGGCAAGCAGUUCUGUUACAGUAAAUGUCAAAGACGAUCAUUAGGACACAGAUACUGUUGUUUUUUUUGUUUUUGUUUUUUUACGCCAAUAUUAAGAAAACACUGAAUGGUUGUCUCUCUAUACCCUUUUUAGCAUUGUCUUCGUGCAACACCUUUUUUUCCCCUCCAAAUUUCCGAAUUACUUUUUCAUACGUCUGUAGCAUUUUCAUACUAAAGCCUACUUUUGGAUCUCUGGUUCACUCAUUUCCCUGGUUAAGUCAGAUGCCUUAUUAAAUGAAUUUUAACAAUCACAACCUCUCUUUGUGUUGACACCAUGCUUGUUCACAUUAGUAAGCGUCAUCGUAGGCUGGGUAACUAUCCAAACUACUUAAUGUCAUGGAAAUCGGUAUCAGCGAAGGGGGAAGGUAGCAGCUUGUACAUUGUGACAUGAAAUAUGUUCUCCAGCCUUCAUUUGCAUGAGAGGAGAAUUUAAGGCACAACCAGCUGUUUUAUGUUUUUCCCAAAAUUUGUAAAUGUUUGUAUUGUGAUAAUUAUCUAAUCAUGCCUAAAUAACAAUAGAGGACAUAUUAUGUUACCAUGCAUUACAUGCAUGCAGUGCCAGCCCUGCCCUUCUGUGUACAUGCCAUAUUCUGCUUAAUCAUUUCUACUGAAGCUUAUUGCCAUUGCAUUUCUCAGUUCCCCCUGAGACAGGGUGAAAUGUCAGAGAAGUGCUUGUCAUUCAUUUGGAUCUCAUCAUGUGAUUAUUAUUCUUUUAAUGUGCUAACUACUCACUUCCCACGCAAACAUGAGGAACUCUAAUUAAAACACGAAAAUCUACUUGAACACAUGCAGGAUGAGGAAUUCUGUGUAGCAAAUAAAUAUGAUCGGUAUUAUCGUCACUGAGUUGUAUGCUUAAAUUCUGUACAUAUUAUUACAUACUCUUUAUUUAUACAUGUAAGCAUUUUUCCCUUUUUUAACAAGCUAUAGUUUUGAAGACUAGGAAUCGCAGAAACACAUUAUUAUGCCUGCCUUUUUACACUAGUAAAUGCCAGCUGGGUUUGCUGGUGGAAAUGCCACAUUAAAUCAUGUUUUUUAACCAGCUUUAUUUCUUACAACAUUGAUUAUAUAAUUAGCUAGUUUUCUGUAGGACACAAGAAGAUCACUUCUAAGCACUGAAACUGUCAUUUACUAGUGUAGAAACAUUUGGAAGGGGUUUGAAAGUAUUUAGUCGAUUGGGGAACGAUUGUUCUGGAGAUGUUGCUGACCAAGCCAAGGAUGAUUUAAUGGGUAGAGUCUCCACAGUUUCUUCAGGACACAGUAAAUCUCCUGAAGUCAUAAAUGCAUUCAUUUCUCCAUUGUGUCUUGCUCAGUCAGUCACAUUAAUCAUUUUAACCAUGAGGAAACAUACAUUCCUGUCAUACUUUUCUUUAUUUAUUGCCUUUAUCCUCUGGUUUGAGCAGAAGCCCAUUGCACUCUAGGUCAGAAUCACAGAGGACCUAAUAUCGAACCCUGACUCACCUCACACAUCCCAUUCUGCCUUAUAUGAUUUACAGCGCUCCCCAUCUUCUUACCCAAGGUUAAUAUUUAAAAAUGAAACAUCCCAGUAAAAGUAAUGUGUUGAAAUGGCAAUGAAAUUGUACAAACAGGUCAAUCUAUCAUUGUUAUAUACAAAUAAAACCAUCCAUCAUUCCGUCUCAAGGUUUCAACAGUUAAAUUAAACCUGAACCUGAAAGUUUGUUUUAUGACCCAAAGCUUCAAAUCACAAGUUCAACGAUGGUGUCUCAGGAUGAAUGUAUACCUUCCAGCUGUACUUUGACCAUCAAAACGAGUAUCAUGUCCAAUGUAUUACCAAGGUCAACCAGUAGGGUGCUAACGCUUAAAACUACUAGCAAGUUUCUAGUAGCAGCUCAUGCAUUCUUACUUGUUUUCUUUUCUGUUUUAUUUUCCCACACCAUGUCGAUGCCAUGAACAUCAGAACGUCUGGCUGUCACAACAGUGACCCUUUGCAUUUCAGAUUGUUUUCUACCUUCCUCCAUGUAUAUAUGUAUAUGCAAAUCCAUUUUGUAAUGUGACGCCACAAUUAUGAUAUGUGUCUGUUUUUAAAGGAGCUGCUACUAGGUCUUUGCUACGGCCACACGCUGUGAUGUGGAGUAGUACAUUUUGAGCUGUACUCUAUGGGAACCUGCUAAAGCACGGUCAUGGCAGUGCUGUGCUGCCUCACUCUUAAUGUACAGAGCACUGUUAAAAUUCCUGUAUUCUUCUGGAAAAAAAUCAAAUCCCUUGUAUUCCCCACUUAUAUGUAAGUACUAAAGAAAAUACAAUGCAUAAA